AUGGUCACCGUUUACGUUCAUUCGGAAGCUGAUAAUUUACCAGAAAAGUUAGGUCAGUACAUAUUAAAUCAACAAAAUAAGACAUUAUCUAGAUCGAACACUUUUAAGAUUGCUAUCAGUGGUGGUUCAUUAAUUAAUGUAUUGCGUCUCGGAUUAAUUGAGAAUAAAAACAUAUCAUCAAAAAUUAAGUGGGAUCAUUGGGAAAUUUAUUUUGUCGACGAAAGAAUCGUCCCAUUGAAUCACCCAGAUAGUAACUAUGGGGCAUUCAAAGUUGCUGUCUUAGAUAAUUUAACAAACAGCAAAUUACCCAAGGUUUUCCCAAUAAAUGAAUCCUUGAUUAAUAACAAUAACAAAUCUUCACAUAUAAAAAUUGCAGAAGAUUACGAAAAACUUUUACCUAAACAAUUAGAUUCUUUAUUAUUGGGCUGUGGUCCAGAUGGUCACACUUGUUCUUUAUUCCCUGGUUUGAAACACAAAUAUUUAUUGGAAGAACAAACUAAAAGAGUCAUGUGGUGCCACGAUUCUCCAAAACCACCUAGUGAUAGAAUUACAAUUACCUUACCCGUCCUAAAUGAUUCAGUAGAGAUUGCAUUUGUAACUGAAGGCGAAUCCAAACAAUCAAUCAUGCAUGAAAUUUUUGACUUAAAAGAUCUUAAUUUACCAACUGCUUUAAUUAACGCCCUGUAUGGUGAUAAAGUUACUUGGUUUGUCAAUGAUAAAGCCUUCGCCAAAGUUGAAAACAAAGAUAUUUAA